GUCCGGGAACAACUAAAGCGUGAGCACUCUCAUUUCCUCUCUAUCUCUACUAUUGUUAAUGUAGAAACACGUACAUAAUUAAAAACUUGGUGAUUAAUAUACUCCUCUUCAUUACCAGAAAUUGUGAAUUUUUAUGUGGUUAUUUCAAUAUAUGAACUAAGUUUAUUGCUAUAAACAUUUAACUUAAAAAAUAUCCUUUUGUAAAAAUUACUGUAAUGUGAUAAAUUUAUGUAUUUAUCUUAUUCGCUUGUGUAUUUAUACAUGUUCCUACAUAAAACUUGUAAUUAAAAUCUUUAUUUAUACUGUAUCACAAACAUUAAAGUAUAUAAAGCUUAUUUCAAUGGCAAUACCUUCACCGGAUCCAAAAUAUGUUUUCCGGGGUGAUAUGGAUUGUGUGAAUUGUAUUCUUUUUCAAAUGGCGCCUAAUGUGGAAAAUCUCUAUGCAGGCACUGCUGAAGGCAAUGUUCAUAUCUGGGAUUUAAAUACAAACAGAGAACUGUACCAAAUUAAAUCAGAAGAAGAUUCUUGUUUAAAUUUGCAAAACUUAAGAAAUGAUACCUUGCUUGUACAACACAAAUGUGGUUUAAUGAAAAUAUAUAAGAAAAGAGAAACUCAGUGGACUGCAUAUAAAUCCAUUAAUAUAUAUUGUCAUUUUUGCAGGUUUAAAAUAUUUUCUGAAAAUGAAAUAUUCGUGCCGGUUAAAGAAUCCACUGUUGGAAUAUUGUCUUUAAAUACUUUUAGUGUAGAAUUGAAAUUGAAUUCUUGCAAUUUCAAGAACUUGGGAGAAAUAAUGGCUAUCAAACCAUUAAAAAAUGAAAAAUUAGUUUUAGUUGCUUAUGAAGCAGGAGAGUUAAUCUUAUGGGAUGUUCGACAAAGUAAAGUAUUAAGUUCUUUAACAGUAGAGACAUGUCCAAUGGCUUUAGACUUUGAUACUACUUUAUCAAAGGGUGCUAUUGCUGGUCCUACUAAUAAUAUACAGAUAUUUAGUUUAUCAGUUGAUCAUUUACUGCAUAAUAAGAACAAAAUAACAAUGACAAAUCCUGGCACUUCUAUAAUUACAAUUAGACCUGAUGCUAAAAUUAUGGCAGUAGGAGGAUGGGACAGUCGAAUUAGACUAUAUUCUUGGAAAACUUUGAAACCAUUAGCUGUUUUAAAUCAACAUAAGGAUACUGUACAUGAUAUUAGUUAUUCUAUAGAAAGAAUAAAAGCAUAUGAUAAUAAAUUUAUAAUGGCUACAGCUGCGAAAGAUGGAUACAUAGCAUUAUGGGACAUUUACAAUUGAAUCUUAUCACAAAAUGAAAAACUAUUAUUGUCAUCUCAAAGAUUUAUUUCGUUUCUUUAUUGUGAAGCCCAAGAAAGACAGAGAUAGAAAACUCUCCGAACCGCUCGGUAUUGGACGGACUUGGAAAAAGUCAGGCGGUCUUGAGCCGAUACUUACGACAUACAAAUUAGAGUAACCCUACCCUUCGGCUCUUUUCGUCUCGAUCGAGAUCGUUCAACUUUAUUUAAGUCUGUCCGAGGUCGUAAUUUUCUAUACUCAUACACACUCAGUAAAUACAAAAUUUCUUUAAACGAUUUGGUUUGCUAGCUAUCGCGGCUAUUCCAUAGAACUGAUUGCGCGAAACAAUUCCCGGUGUUACCUAUGACUCGUACCAACGAUGACACAAUUAUUAAUAAGUAGCCGAAAUAAGAAAAACACACAGCUUUUAUAUUUUUUACUUUUUUGUUAUGAGAUAGUUUCAGUUGGAUUGUCGAAAAUCUUAUGAACAAAAUGAUACCUAUAAUGACUAUAUUUAAAUUAAUUUCUAUUUUCCAAUCAGCGGCAUUUCGGGUGGACGUGAAAGUGGUAUUUGAAAACAAUGGCUGACUACAAUACAGGAGAAG